AUGGAGAUUGAACCUACGUUUAGAGGGUUUAUCGAAGACGAGAAUGAUGCUUUGCUGCUGUUCCAGGCCACCGUGGACGGUAAGUUGAAGCAUAUACCAAGGAGGCCGUACGAGAUAGAGAGACGCCAUUUGAUUGUGUCUGGGAGUGUGUUUGUGUUUGUCGAGGAGAUUUCAGGGAUAAAGCGGUGGACGGAUGGGGUGUCUUGGUCGCCGUCGAGGAUUGCGGGACGGUUCUUGAUUUACAAGGAGCUGGACAAAGGAUCGUCGGGUCAUGUGUCGAAGAAUGUCGGGAACAAGACGGUUGAUGGCGAUUCUGGUUGCAGCGUUAAAUUGCCACCAUUGUUGAGGCAUUCUAGUUCGCACUCUUUGCUUUCGUCUACGGCUUCCUUGUCGUCGUUGUCGUCGUCUUCUUCGUCUAGUCGAUCUAGUGACGCCGCGGCGGUGAAGAAAUACACGGGCUUCACAAAGAAGACGAUGUCGGUGAAGUUCAAAGAUCCCCGAAGGAACAGAGUGGAGACUUUGCAUCUGGUCUCGUAUUAUAACGUCGAUGACGUCAAUAAUCAAAGACUGACAAGGCCCAGGGAUUCGAUUUUUUUGAAAAAUGUCGAGCCUUGUGCUGAACUGUUGGCAGCGAUGGAAAACACCGCUUUGGGCAACGGUAGUCGAAGCAGCUUUUUCCUCAGCUCAGCUUCGUCCUCUCGUUCUUCGUCGACGAGUAGCUCUCCCUCACUAGGCAAGAUUACUGCUGGCAGUAAUUAUGCAACCUUUGUCAAGAAACAGCACGCAUCACAAACGGACGCAAAUAUAUUACCACCGCAGAUCAUCCCGUCUACAAAUAGUUUUAGUAUUCAGCAGCAGCAGCAGCAACACUAUAUGCCAUUUGUCCCGCUGCAUACAAAUUACACGUCGCAACCGCCGCCACCGGUGCCCCUGCCACAACUGAAUCCACAGCCAUCGUAUCUGCAAGUAAACUCGAUCUAUCAGCUGCAGCCGAUUGGUCAGAUGCAGCCAAACUGCAGACCGGGUUUACAUUCGUUAGUGUUUGCCCCGCAACCCACUGGCUACUUCCAACAAGCUCCUAAUCGCGAUAAUCAUAGUUUUGCCGGCAACAACGGUCCCUUGAGCUUAAGCAACCCUUCUGGUACUUCUCAUGGUACGAGGAACUUCUUUUUUAGCUCAGCGAACCCGCCUGAUCUGAGAUGA